GUGACAGUGUCAAACAUGGCGCUGUCCUGUUCGAGCCUGUGUAGCCAUUUGUCUUUGAUCCGUCUGUGUGGUCUCAGGACAAACAGGAUAACAAAUGUCCUUUAUUCUCCCCGUGUGUCCUAUCAGCCCAGGUUGCCCCUGUGUAGAUACUACUCCUCGUCCAAAGUUAGACGAGGUAUCGGUCGAUAUGUCUCCUCCAGGCUCCAGAGGGCAAAUAGCAAAUAUGAAGGUUUCCUCAAAAGGCGAUUUCCCAGAUUUUUCCAGCUCUACCACACUUUUGUGGAAGGAUUCAAGCUGCUGUUCCAAGAUGCCAGAGAUGUGAAGAGGAUAAAAACGAGGAUGUUCUCUGAAAAACUACAGUUCCAGGAUUUGCCCUACAGAGACAUGGAGAAACUCAGACAGUUUCGCAGAAACGUGGUCAAGGCGUUUCCACUGGUGGUGAUAUCCAUCCCGCCCUUUGCCAACUACCUGGUUUUUGUCCUGAUGUACUUUUUCCCCCGCCAGCUCCUGAUUCCUCAUUUCUGGACCCCCAGGCAGCAGGUGGAGUUUCAGGCACUGUACCACUCUCUUAGGGCCCGGCACCACUGGCCAGUUCUCAAAGGGCUCGAGAAUACGAGCCGCCACGUCACAGACGGUCAACUGCAGCGCCGCCUUACGGACCUGUGCGCUAAAGUGCAAAAUGGAGAAAACCCCAAAGUGUCUGAAAUCCUUGCCGUUCGGGCCUUGUUCUCCGGACCCCCUCUGGGUAUAAAGAGGAUGAGCGUGGAUCACAUGAGACACAUCAGCCCCCUGCUCUUCCUGACGCCUCGCCUCCCGGGUUUCCUGAUUGGCCGGCGGCUGAACAGCCAUGCCCUGGAGCUGCUCCAGCUGGACCGGGCCCUCAGCCGGCUGGGCCCCAACCAGCUGAGUGACUCUGAACUCAGACAGGCUUGUUACAUAAGGGGGCUCCAUUCUAAUAGUCUUGGCAUUAAUCAGUGUCGUGAGUGGUUAUCCCAGUGGCUUCAGGUGUCAUCCUCACUGAAAGACUCAGAGGUGUCACUGCUUUUGCACAGCAUUGUAUUUCUCUCCGUCAACUACCCGAACAGUCCCAGCCGACACUGACAGGAAGCCUGAGGCAAUCUGCUCUUCUGAUUAUAUGCUCUCUUCUGAGGACUGGGCAGCACAGCUUCCUGAGAGCUGUCAACGUCUCGUUAUUGCCAAGGAAAAAACAAUUUCAAAAACUGCUCUUUUUGAGAUUUUGAGGAUUAAUUAUAAAAUAAACUCUCUUAGCCCAAAACUUCAAAGGAGGUUUGCAGUCAAGAAAAUAAUCCCGUUAAUUCUAGAUGCCCAGUGUAAGUUAUGAAUACCUAAGAAUAUAUAAAAAAAAAAACAUACACCGUUAAGAAGAUUUCUUUUGGAAGAGAAAGGAUGAAUCUAUUGUGUCUUUAUCAAGAGGAGUGAUGUGGGAUAUUACUUUAAAUUAGCAAGAUAAGACACUUGCUUAGAGGAGUUCUCGUGUACUUCAGCCCCUCACGAGGGGACUUAAACCCAUUGUGAUGCACUGAGCUAUAUUAACUGGUGAUGUUAAGGUAAUAUGCUGUUUACCUGUCGCUGUAUCUCAAGCUUUGUCGCCACUGUAAAACGCAGACUCGUCGAUUGUUUACUUCUAAGCUAUUGCAUCAUUACACAGCUACAAAAACAGGCAGGGAAACAAAGAGGAUGUUGUUUAGUAAAAGGCUCAGUUAUAUAUUUCACUUGUGGAAUGGUAAAAUAGUUCAGACACAUUCCAUUCAUAAAAAAUACAAAUAAGUAUGUUGUCACACAUUUACCUCACUCUGUGCUCGGCUCUUCUCUACAAUGACCAAUGCUGGUCAUAGCAAAAAAAAGUUUUUAGGGAAGGAAAUAGUUCUGACUAAUAUGGAACAAGUGGUCAGCAUCCAAAAAUCCUUAGAUUACACAAAAGCACCUUUUCAAACGAAAAAAAAAAAAGAAUCCUUAAUAGAGAUUAGAAAGAAAAAAGCCCAAUUAUUACUUGCAAAGACAUUCAAGCUUGUGUGUGUGAUGAGAAACUGAACUUUAUUUUAUGGAUUAACCUUUUUUGGGGUGCAGCACCGCCAGCACGGCAUUUACAAGCUGCGUGUAAAAGAGUUGUGAUGGCACUUUAUUGUUUACUUGAUGUUUUCUUGCUUUGGAGGCUUUAAAUUACAUUGACACAUCCUAGUCAGACCACACUUCGAGCUUCAUUCAAGCUUUUUUUUUUUUUUACCAACUUCAGAUUAACAGUAAGAGGAACUGCACCUCCCCGUGUGCUGCUGUUUGCUGUUGUAAGUUGUUAAAUAGGAAAUGUCAUUUGCUUCCUGUGCCUUUUCGCAAGAACUGGCACAAUAUAUCUGAAAUAAUAUUUGCAAACGUUCUGUUCUGUUUAUGAUUUAUUUUAAGACAUGAUAUUAUUUGUUCUUCAGGUUUUGAAUCUUGUAUUGCUGUGCCAAUAUUAAACACAUUGUAAUGGAACUGUGUCUGAAAUAAAUACCAUUAUGGUACA